CUACCUCCGGAAUUGAUUAGAGAAAUACGGAAGAACUGUAGUCUGGUGUGCUGUAACUGUAAUUCGUUUAUGUUACAUGAUCUGUUUUAGUGAAAUAUUUAUUACUAAAACAUAGAACAUACAGCUGAACAUACAGCUAAUUUAUUGCAUUUUUACGUCGGCAAUUUGGAAGCCAUUUAUUUAUUGAUGUGCAGUGUAAAACGUUUUACUUUAGUAUUUUUGCGAUGAAAACCCUCCCUGGUUGUUCUUUAGUGGUUUUCUCAUUUAAUAUUUGAUUGUCAGUUAAACCGAUGUCAGAACGUAAACAAUCGCACCGCAAAGUUAAACUUUGGGAGACUGAAAAGCUGCCCAUUUAUCAACAUAAGGAAAAACUUGUCCAGGCAAUCAAAAAUACUUCGUGUUUGGUUGUUACAGGAGAGACUGGAAGCGGUAAAACCACUCAGCUUCCACAAUACCUUCAUCAAGCCGGUUUUUGUAAACAUGGUAAGAUUGUCAUCACUCAGCCACGGAGAGUGGCUGCCAUCACUGUGGCUCAAAGGGUGUCCCAGGAAUUGGGCUGUUCUCUUGGAAGUGAGGUGGGAUAUCAGGUGCGCUUUGAUGACUGCACAUCCAAGGAUACAGUCAUUAAAUACAUGACUGAUGGCUGCUUGCUGAGAGAGAUCCUGGCCGACCCUGAGCUGAAGCAGUACAGUGUGGUGAUUCUUGACGAGGUCCAUGAGAGAAGUUUGAACACGGACAUCCUGUUGGGCCUGCUGAAAAAUAAAUUUCUGCAAGCCAGAGGGGAGUCUUCAAGCCGCAAAGUCCCUGCAAAGAUUGUGGUGAUGUCGGCCACAUUGGAGACAAAUAAGCUUUCUGUCUUUCUGGGAGACUGUCCGGUCUUCACCAUUCCUGGGCGCAUGUUUCCUGUGUCGGAGAUGUUCUGCAAUUUUAUUGGCCCCAAAGACACAGAGAGCUCUGUCUAUGUGAAGGAGGUUGUAAAGAUGGCACUAGACCUACACACCAGUGAGCCAGCUGGGGAUAUUCUUGUUUUUCUUACUGGACAGUCAGAGAUUGAGAAAGCUUGUGACAUGCUCUAUGAGAGGGCUGAGUCCAUACACUACCCCUAUGAUGUCCAUGAUCGCUCUGUGGAAGGUCUUCUAAUUCUGCCUUUAUAUGGAUCCAUGCCGACAGAUCAGCAGCAGAUGAUCUUUCAGUCUUCUCCGGCUGGUGUCAGAAAGUGUGUUGUGGCUACCAACAUCGCAGCUACAUCAUUGACCAUACCAGGAAUCCGGUAUAUUGUUGACAGUGGAUUUGUGAAGCAGCUGAACCAUAACUCCAGAGUGGGCUUGGAUGUUUUGGAAGUGGUACCCAUUUCAAAGAGCGAGGCACGGCAGAGAGCUGGACGGGCUGGCAGAACCUCAUCUGGAAAAUGCUUUAGGAUAUAUAGCAGGGAAUUUUGGGAGAAAUGCAUGCCAGAUUACACUGUUCCAGAGGUCCAGAGGACCAGCCUGACCAUGGUCAUCCUCACCCUAAAGUGCCUAGGAGUCCAUGAUGUCAUCAGAUUUCCAUACUUGGACCACCCAGAGGAGAAGUUUAUCUUGGCUGCUUUGAAACAGCUGUACCAGUGUGAUGCCAUUGACAGGAGGGGUCAAGUAACGAGGUUCGGGCAACUGAUAGUGGAGUUUCCGCUCCCCCCUAACCUUACUCGAGUGCUGCUGAAGGCUGCUGCGCACCAGUGCGAGGAGCUGCUGCUUCCUGUGGCUGCCAUGCUGUCUGUGGAGAACAUCUUCAUACGGCCAGGUCAUCCAGAGAAGCAGCAGGAGGCAGAAUUGAAACACAAGCAGUUGGCUACAGAGGCUGGCAGUAGUAAUGACUUUGCUGUCCUGCUCAGUGUAUUUGAGAAGUGCAGAGCCAGUGAAUCGCCAUCAGCAUGGUGUCGAGAGAACUGGAUCCACUGGAGAGCAAUAAAGAUGGCUUUCAGUGUUGAAAAGCAGUUGACAGAGAUUCUCACCCGUCUCAAACAGAAUCCAGAUUUUCCAGUGGAGAAGUUUGAUGGUCAUCGGAGUGAACUUUUACGGAGAUGUCUGUGCUCAGGAUACUUUGCCAAUGUAGCUAGGAGGUCAGUAGGGAGGACAUUCAGUACGAUGGAUGGACAUGGGUCUGUUGUUCACAUUCACCCAUCAUCAACUCUGUUUGAACAGGAGGCCAAACUGGAGUGGAUCCUCUUCCAUGAUGUCCUAGUCACUUCUCGAAUAUAUGUAAGGACGGUGUGUCCAAUCCGUUACGAGUGGGUGAAGGACUUGCUGCCUAAGCUACAUGAGGUAGAAGCCCACGAGCUGAGCAGUGUUGCCCGGGAAGAAGUAACAGAUAAAGAAAUAACCAAAUGGGAGACUAAGGAAGCUCUCAAAAGAGGAGUGGCUACUGAAGAUGCGCUGAAGAAGCUGGAACGCAGGAACAGCGAAGACUCUGUGUCAGCAGCCCGAUCACGGUACCUGCAGCGGAAGCAGGAGCGUCAGAUGAGCAAAGCAUCUUAAGGGAGGUGUCAGUGCCAUUACUGAGCAUUAGAACAUAUGAAGAGAUCACUGCAGCUGUGAAGUCUAGGAUUGUCCUCCAUCAGUCUGGUAGUGACAGAAGGGGGAGCAGUUAUAAAUGUAGAAUAAAAUGACAGACCAAGAAGUUCACUGUUUCAUUACCCUCUUAUGCCAUAAGGUAUUGCAGGGUGUAUCAAACACAGAACUGAAGCCUUCAAAUUAAGUUUCCAGAAAUGUUCAGUCCUGGUUCUGUAGGGGCACGAGUAUAUUCAGGUUUCCUAGAUAUCUUUUAAUAAUUAUUAGCCUUGCUAAUUUGAAAGUAGAAUGACAACAAUAUCAAGAUUCAAGAUUUUUAUUGGCCAUGUGCAACAAGGGCAUUGAAAUACCAAGUCAUUUGGCUUCACUGAGCUGCGGAUUCAAAACCUGUACACAGUGAAACCCUCCAGAACCAGAAUUUAAGAUUGUUAGUAUGAAGUUUAUAUAUGUACAUAAUUUAUUAUUUUUUGAGUCUUUUAAGCUACAGUUUUAAAUACCGAUUCCAUUAAAAGUACUUUGUUAGAAGUUAAA